AUGAAUAACUUAUAUCAUUCGCUUGAAGGCAAAGGAAAAAUCUAUCAAUCUGGAAAAUUUUCUCAACAACAAAUCAAAGAUGCCUAUGAAAAAUAUGUGAAUGAAUCUUCAAGUGGAAGAUCUUCUUCGAAAGAUUCAACUCCGUUUGUUCAAACUUGGAGACCAAAAUUGAAAGUGAAGAAAUUUAAGAAUCUAACUGAGAGGAAAAAGGAGAAUGUCAGUGACAAUCCUAAAUCUUCGAAAGUUUAUGUUUCUGCGCCUUUAAGUCAUGAUGUGGAAUUAAUUGAUAGUUUCAAAUCAAAAGUUCAAAAUUGGGUUAUGUGUGAAGAGCAAUAUGACGAAAAAUGGUAUAUUGAUAGUGGUUGCUCGCGUCACAUGACUGGAAAAAAGGAAAUUUUACGAGACUUCAGAAGUUUGGAUAAUGCAGGAGUUGUGAAGUUUGGAAACAAUCACAAAUGUCAAGUGAAAGGUUAUGGUAAAGUCACGAAUGGGAAGUUUACAGUCAAUCGAGUUGCAUAUGUCGAAGGUCUUUAA